UUGAUUUUCACCGUGACAUCCUUCAAAUAAACCCAAUUUUGGCUACAAAAAUUCAAAAUUUUCCGUGAACAAAAUUAAAUAAAAAACUCGCAGUAUCUCACACAGUUCACAAUGUCAUCGUAUUUAACCAAAAUCCCCACAAUUUGCAUAAACAAGAACUUCCCGAAGGUACUGUCCAUCAAAUCGUAUACUUCCGAUGGUAAAAAUAAGGGCAGUGGUAGUCAGGAUAAUAAAGAACCACCGAAAAUAACAUUAAACAAGCUAAAUUUGUUUGGCACAGUCGGCAUAGCGUCCGCCUUGCUAGCUUCGUAUUUUCUGGUGAGGAAAACGCAGGAUAAAGGAGCGAACUUUUUGGAUACGGUAACGUUUAAUAAUGUUAAAAUUCCGGAACAGCAUGUUCUGAGAAAGUCACCAUCAGAGGAUUUCGAAGAAAAAGAUGAACAUUUAAGAGAGCAGUACAAUUUUAUCAAGAAAGUGGUCAACGAUUGUGCCGGAGCAGUAUUCUAUUUGGAACUGCGCGAUCCUAACUUAAGAGAUCCUGAAACGCAGCUUCCAAUGAUAAUGUCAAACGGUUCAGGGUUUAUCAUCAGUGAGGAUGGAUGGGCACUCACUAAUGCUCACGUAGUACUGAACAAACCUCACACUACCAUAACAGCAAUUAUGAGAGACGGACGAAGUUACAACGUGAAAGUCGAAGACGCCGACAUGAACAUCGACCUGGCCCUGUUAAAACUGGAAACCGAGGAAAAGUUACCCAGUCUGGAGUUUGGAGAACCCGGGGACACCGACGUGGGUGAAUGGGUGGUUGCCCUGGGCAGUCCUCUGUCCCUGAGCAACUCGGUCACAGUCGGAAUUGUGAGCUGUAUCAAUAGACCCGCUGAAGAGCUUGGUUUAAAAAACUAUUCCAUGACUUACAUCCAGACGGACGCCAGCAUUACAUUUGGAAAUUCCGGAGGCCCGCUUGUAAAUUUAGAUGGCAAUGUAAUUGGCAUCAAUAACUUAAGACUAACAUCUGGAAUAUCAUUUGCCAUACCAAUAGAGUACGUUCGAAAAUUCCUGAUGAACACCAAAUAUCGGAUGGAGAAUAUGGCAAGAAGCACCAAAGGACAUAAAACAUUGUUCGGAUUAACCACCAUACCAAUCACACCCGACUUACUAGACGAUCUGAAGAAAGAUAAUUCAAACCUGCCUAAAGAUAUCACUCAUGGACUGUUGGUGUGGAAGAUCAUUCCAGAAACUCCAGCAGAAAAAGGUGGAUUAGAAGUUGGUGACAUCAUAACUCACGUAAACGGCAUUCCUAUAGAAAAACCGGCACAGCUUUAUGACUUUUCGUCAUCAAGAAGCUCAAUUGACGUGGAAAUAAUAAACAGGGGUCAAAAGAAAACGGUCGUGUUAAAAAUGGAGGAAAAAUGAUUUUUUGGAUACUACUCAUGUACGGUUAAUGUAAUAUAGUAGUAAUAAAAGGUAAUGUAAUUAAAUUUAACAAAAAAGCUGUAUAUUUUAUAACUCCAUAAAAUGUUUUUCUUGAAUUGUAAAAUUAAAACG